CUGGUUAUUGUCAUGGAGCCGAACAGUCCAAAAAAGAUACAAUUUGCUGUGCCGUUAUUUCAAAGUCAAAUAGAUCCUGAAGCCGCUGAACAGAUCAGGAAAAGGCGGCCUACCCCAGCAUCACUAGUCAUUAUGACUGAUUCGCCUCCUGAAAUAGAUGACAAGAGAAUGAACAACAACUCUCAAGAAGAAUCACAGAAUGCCUCCCCCAAACAAAGGAAGCAGAGUGUCUAUACCCCUCCAGCCAUGAAAGGUACUGUUCAGGGGUUAAGCACCUGAAAAACCAGACUGGCUCCGCAUUCCCAGAGGAAGACGAAGGGGUCAACGAAAGAGACGAAGAGUGGAGCCCAUAACUGGUGCCGAGGGUCU